AUGUCCUCUACGUCAGCGCCACUUGCAGAGCCAAGACACGUUGAGGUUUUUGCUGCACUUUCAGACGGUGUUAUUCAUGAUGCGCCAAUUGAGCUUAUCAGGGAAGCUGUUGGUGAUGCUCUAACUAGUGAUGAAAUUCGUGAGUAUGCUGAGACCUUCAAUAGACCCUCACAGAUCCCUGCCUUCAAGGAGCGUCUCUUGGCUUCGAUAAACGCCGCUACUACACUAGGUACGGGAAAGUUUAUCAGCUUGAUGAAUAUCUUGGAUUCGAGAACAUUUGCCCCACUUUUGACAAACUCCUGGACCUUGGUUAGAGAUAUGACUUUGGAGCAGCGUGAGCAGUUGUUAAAAUCUUUCAGAGACUCGCCAAUAUCUGCAAAGAGGGUGUUGUUUAAGACGGUGGUAACAUUGACGCUUAACACAAUGGUAAUUUUGGGAGAUGAGCUACACUACAAAGCUAUUCGAUACCCAGGUAAGGAGUUACGUGAAGAGGCAUAUGAAGGAUUCAAGGCUGAUCCAUUUAGAUAUGAUAUGCUACCAAAACCGGAAUUUGAUGGUGCGGAGUUACAUUUGACAGAUAUUGAUGUUGUGAUUAUCGGGUCUGGUGCUGGUGCUGGAGUUGUUGCACAUACUUUGGCCAACGACGGUUACAAAAGCUUAGUAUUGGAAAAGGGCAAGUACUUUGCUCGUUCCGAGUUCAACUUCAAUGACAUGGAGGGUCUAGACUCUCUUUAUCAAAACAGAGGAAUCUUGACGUCAACAAACCUGCAAAUCUCAGUCUUAGCUGGAUCUAACUUUGGAGGAGGUACCACUGUCAAUUGGUCUGCUAGUUUUAAAACCCCAUUCAAGGUCAGGAAAGAAUGGUAUGACGAUUAUGGUUUGGACUUUGCUGCAACUGACUCAUACGACAAAUGUUUGGAUUACGUUUGGAAACAAAUGGGUGUAUCAACAAAAGGGAUCAGGCAUUCCUAUGCCAAUCAGGUGCUAAUGGAUGGCGGUAACGCUUUGGACUAUUCUGUAAAAGAAAUCAAUCAAAAUUCGGGUGGUCACCCGUGCCACUCUUGUGGAUUUUGUUACUUGGGGUGCAAGCAUGGUAUUAAGCAAGGUUCCUCGGUUAACUGGUUCCGUGCAGCUGCUGCAAAUGGCUCUAAAUUUAUGGACCAGGUUAGAGUGCUCCAGAUUUUGCACAAGAAAGGCGUUGCCACAGGUGUUUUGUGCCAAGAUGAAGUAACUGGAAGAAAAUUCAAAAUCACUGGCCCCAAGAAGUUUGUUGUCUCGGGUGGAUCAUUGAACACCCCUGUCGUUUUGCAAAACUCUGGCUUCAAAAACAAGCAUAUUGGUAAGAAUUUGAAGUUGCAUCCAGCAAUUGUCUUGUUUGGUGAUUUUGGUCGCAGUGUUCAAGCAGAUCACCAUAAAAACUCAAUCAUGACCGCUGUGUGCACCCAAGUGGAUGAUUUGGAUGGCAAAGCACAUGGAGCUAAAAUUGAAACUGUUUUAAACGCCCCCUUUGUUCAAGCUCCUUACUUGCCAUGGAAAGAUAGCACUCAAAUCAGAAGAGAUUUGUUACGGUACAAUCAAUUGUGUGGCAUGGUGAUCAUUGCUCGCGAUACUUCAACUGGCUCGGUUACCGGCGAUCCGCAGAAACCAGAAGCGUUGUAUAUUGACUACGAAGUGAACAAAUUCGACAGAAAUGUUCUUUUGCAAGCACUUCUUGUCACAGCGGACAUUUUGUACAUUGAAGGUGCAGAGAGAAUUUUGAGUCCACAGGCAUCGAUCCCUUUCUUUGAAUCAAAAGUGUCCAAAAGUAGCAGAUCAAUCACAGACAAGGACUACGUCAAGUGGAGAAAAAUUGUUGAAAAAUCGCCCCUAGAUGCUUUUAGUAUGACGUAUGGUUCGGCUCAUCAAAUGUCCAGUUGCAGAAUGUCGGGAAAGGGCCCAAAAUACGGUGCAUGUGAUACACGGGGUAGAUUGUAUGAAGCUUCAAACAUCUACAUAGCUGACGCUAGUUGUAUGCCAACUGCUUCUGGAGUCAAUCCAAUGGUGACUACCAUGGGUUUAGCGAGACACGUUGGGCUUGAGUUGUGCAAGGACUUAAAGACAAAGAGUAAGUUAUAG